AUCCAUCGGAAACAUCGAACGAAAUGGCGGCAGACAACCGAAAUAACUCGCACAUCAGCAACUACGAGCUGAUGGAGACCAUUCGGAAGUACGAGGCCAUCUACAACACGUCGGGCGAGUACCACAAGGCCGGGAAAAUGCUGAAAAAGGACGCCUGGGCCGCGGUGGCCGACGAGCUGAACUUGGACAUCGCCGAGGUACAGAACCGAUACGGGAACAUACGGACGGUGUUCUCGAGGUACCUCAAGAAGAUCCGGCGUGAGCAGGCGGGAGGGGUGGGACCGGGGACGAGCAGACUCGGAGACGACAUCUCCAUCAAGGAAGGCUUCGAAUAUCUCAGGUGGUUGAUUCCUCACAUCAGACCGAGGAACACGACGGGGGAACAAGAACCUCAAGAAUCAGACGAUGGCGAAGAUCCUGGAAUGUGGUCGGGUGACAAGUUCAUAGAGGCAGGUGGCCAUCCAGCUUCAAGCCGAGGUGAUGUGAGCAUCAACAUGCACAGGUUGAGCCACGUUCCCAGUGCAAGCCACCUGACCCUGCGGGCGUCCACACUUCCCAGGCGCAGUUUUCACGCUGGAACCUCCCUGCAGUUCAAGCGGCACGUCCGACCCAAGGCCGCCAAGCGUCCCUGGCUGGCAGUCAACGGCGGAGCCAGGAAAGCCCGCAUUGAGGACUCAAGAGGCAGCGGCAACAACGGCAGCAGCAAUGACGACGACGAAGACAUGAUGUUCUGCAUGAGCCUGGUUCCCAAGAUGCGACGUCUGCCUGAGAAGUUUAAGACCUCGGCCCAGCUCCGGAUACUGCAGGUUGUCUGUGACUUUGAGGGGUCGGGAUCGGAUGCCCUGCCAUCGCAGCUGCCCACUCAGACCACCGUUGUCUUCCCGACCCAGGCCGGGUCUUGGCAACCUCCGAUUGUGGCAUUACCUCAGCCCGGACAGACCCCAGACACCCAGCCUACUUCACAGCAGUGACAAAACUCCAACACGUGAAAACUUGUAUCAAACAUUUUGGCCCCAACAAGACUGGCAAUGAACGACUUUUCAUUUUGUAAUCUUGGUUGACCUUUUGUAUUUCAGUCACACAGUAUUGGAAAAAAUGGCAUGAUGGCUUUUGGAUGCGGUUCAUUGGCUGUGGGUGUGGCUAAGAGAAGGAAGAGGGGGAAACUACCACCUUAUCUGUAUGAGAAAUCAUUUUGUUGUAGUCAACUGAAUUUUGGAAAUAAAACAUAAAAACGGAAAACACAA